AUGACUUCUAAAGCUUCACACAUCGACAGACCACUGACUGAGGCUACUUGUCUGACUGAAGUGGUUGAACAUCUACAGCCAUCGAGCGAAGGGGAAGCUGCUCUCAAAAGCUACAUUGCUGCUGAACAUCAACCUAUCCACAUUGAAAAUAACUCUCGUUUCAUCAACAUUACCGCUGGUGGUAAAUGUAACAGCGAUGCGCCAGAAGCCUCGGAUGUCACUGCGCUUAGUACGCAACUGACAAAUAUAAACAUUAACAUUAUUAACAAUUUUGGUAUCAUUAUAAUUUCCUAUAAUGGUCAGUUCAAUCUGGACGUGAAGCCUAAUGAUACAAUUGAGGAAGUAAAAUCGAAGAUACAGGGCCAAGAAGGCAUCCCUACUGCCGAACAACGGCUUAUCUUUGCCGGGAAACAACUUGAAGAUCACCAAUCGCUGUCAAACUAUAAUAUUGAAAAUGGAUCAACUGUUCAAUUGGUAUUCCGACUUCGUGGAGGAUUGAUCCAAGUCUUCAUUAAAACUCCUCAAGGUUCAACGCUGGACAUACACUGCGACUAUGAAAACACAAUCGAAGAAUUAAAAGAAAAUAUCUGUCAAAAGGGCUAUUCGCAGUAUACGCCGGAUCAACUACGACUAAUAUUUGCUGGGAAGCAGCUAGAAGAUGGUCGAACCCUAGCAGACUAUAACAUUCAGAAGGAAUCAACUAUUCAUAUGACGUACAGGUUUAGAGGAGGUGGUAUAACAAUCAUCGUUACAACAUCACUGGGACAGACUUUAACCAUCCAAUCCAUUAACAGUUACAAUUAUACCAUAAAAAAAGUGAAAUUGAAAAUCCAGAAUGAAGGAGGGAUCCCCAACGACAGGCAACAACUUGUAUUUAACGGAAAAAUAUUGAAGGACAAUAAAACUUUAGCUGACUACCAAAUGAGCGAUGUAUAUCCUAUAUCUAUAACUUGUAAUAUUAUUAAUUAA